AUGGCUUCCAGAUCAGAGGAGGAUCUGUGCUGUCCGAUCUGUCGCGACAUCUUCAGAGAUCCCGUUCUUCUGUCGUGCAGCCACAGCUUCUGUAAAGACUGUCUGAGGAGAUGGUGGAGAGAGAAGCCAACACAGGAGUGUCCGAUGUGUCAGAAAAGAUCUUCGAGGGUGGAUCCACCGGUUAGUCUGGUGCUGAAGAACCUGUGUGAGUCGUUUGUAGAGAGGAGAGAUCAGAGAGCUUCAGAGGAUCUCUGCAGUCUGCACUCUGACAACGAGCAGACGAAGCACAGCGACCACACGUUCAAGCCCAUCGAUAAAGCUGCACAACAACACAAGAAUGACCUUCAGGAAACUGUGGAAGCUUUAAAGCAGAAGUUAAAGGUCUGUGAAGAAGUCCAGGUGAACUUUGAUCAAACAGCAGGACACAUUAAGGCCCAGGCCCGACGCACAGAGAGGAAGAUUAGGGAGCAGUUUAAGAAGCUUCACCAGUUUCUAGCAGAGGAAGAGGAGGCCAGGCUGACCGUGCUGUGGGAGGAAGAGGAGCAGAAGAAGGAGGAGCUGAGAGCUGAAGACGUCUCAUUCCUGCACAACUACAAGGCUGUGGUGGAAAGAGCCCAGCGCUGCCCCCUGCUGGAUGAUCCACAGCUGCCCCCGGGAGCUCUGAUAGACCAGGCCAAACACCUGGGCAACCUGACCUUCAGCAUCUGGAACAACAUGAAGUAUAUGGUCUCCUACACUCCUCUGAUCCUGAACCCAAACACUGCAAACCCUGAACUGACCCUGUCCGAGGAUCUGAGCAGCGUGAGGGUGGGUGGGCUGCAGCAGCUCCCCGAUAAUCCAGAGAGGUUUGAUCAUCUCUGCUUCGUCCUGAGCUCUCAGGGCUUCACCUCAGGGGCCCACAGCUGGGUGGUGGAGGUUGGAGACUGCGGACACUGGGGACUGGGCGUGUUAGCGGAGUCCGUCCGGAGGAAGGGACCCAUACGCUCUGGAUUUGGUGGAAUAGGAUUCAAUCAAGGUGAAUACUCAGCUCGCUCAGGAUCUGCUGCCCCCACCGUCCUGCAGCUGCAGAAGAAGCUCCAGAGGAUCCGAGCGAGUCUGGACUGGGACGGAGGACAGCUGUCGUUCUCUGACGCUGACACUGACACACACAUACACACCUUCACACACACUUUCACGGACAGGAUGUUUCCCUUCAUCAGCAUCGGGGAUAAAGUCCCAGUGAAGACUCUGCCCGUGAAGCUGUCGGUGGAUCGGAGCUAUUAA